AUGACACCACCAAAGGAAACUAAUAAAGUUCCAAUAGCACAUCCUAAAGAAAUGGAGAUCCAUGAACUGUGUGACCAACUUAUACAGAAAGCUCCAACAGCUAAACUGACCAAGCAGAAGAAUGAAAAAAUGAACGGGAAAAUAUUUGAAAUUAGCAUCAUAAAAACAUAUGAAUGUGUAAAGCCCACUGGUAAUGCCAGCGCAAUCCUGAGAAACCAGAACAAAGCUAGAGGCAUCACGGUUCCUGAUCUCCAACUUUACUACAAAGCUAUACUGAUCAAAACAUAUGAUACUGCCUUAAAACAGACACAGAGACCAAUGGAACGGAAUCAAGAGCCCGGAAAUGAGCCGGUGCGUAGGCUCAGCUGCUGCCGGAGGAGGCGGGGAGACUCCUCGGGGGUCCAAGGCGUCUCUUCCCUAAAUGACCUGGAACCAUCAAAGGCUCCUGACGGGUCUUGGCGUAACGUUCGGCGGAGACACCAAAAGCCCGAGCAGCAAGAGCGAAGCGGCUGCGCGCGAGACCCUCCCCCGGCCCCGGCCCCGGCCCCGCAAGGAUCGACCCGGUGGGACGCGGCGUCUGCACCUCAUCCCAGGCCCAGCGCUCGCGACGAGCUCCUGAAGCCUGACGCAAGCGAGCCAAAUAGUCUCAUUAAAAAUGGGCAAAGGACCCGCACAGACCUGCAGCCCCCACCGCCCAGCAGGGUCACCCCGCCCCCCACUGCCCAGCAGGGUCACCCCCCCACCGCCCAGCAGGGCCCCCCCCACCGCCCAGGAGGGGCCCCCCAGCCCCACCGCCCAGCAGGGUCACCCCGCCCCCCACCGCCCAGCAGGGCCCCCCAAGCCCCACCGCCCAGCAGGGUCACCCCCCCACCCAGCAGGGGCCCCCCCACGGCCCAGCAGGGCCCCCCCAGCUCCACUGCCCAGCAGGGCCCCCCCCACCACCGCCUGCGGGAACCCAGAGGCUGCGCCGCGGCCGGGCUGUAUGGGCCUGACCCGCAGCACCACCAGCUGCUUCUGCGGUCCCCCCUGGGUACACCGUCUCGAAGACACACGUGCACCUCCGGGGUCACUGCACAGUUGCCACGACGUGGGUCCACUGAUGGGUCAACGGAUGAGGAAAGUGUGGUGGACACUUGCCGCCCACGACGAUGGACAAUAUGUGCCAAUAUGUGCCAUGUCUGUGCAACAGAAUACCUUCAACCACAAGGGAUGAAACAUGCUACGACAUGGAUGAACCUUGAAAACCUCAUGCUACGUGAAAGGAGCCAGUCACCUAAAUGUGCAACAUGA